UUUCAGGCCUGGAAUCAUCUCACCCAGGUCUCCCUGGGGAUAUAUCUUGAGUUUGGAAUUAUAUUUCUUUAUGGAUUAUUUUCUUUAUGCGUUUUCCUAUUAUUUUCAUCGUCCAUCUUAUAAGAUAUUUCUCUUUGAGAUCACUCUUGAAAGAGGUCAACGCUUAUUUUUGUUUCUUGGAAAAUUUCAUCUCUGUUAAUCAGAUUAUUUCGUGUAUUCUUAUGUGUGCAAGUUUAGCAUAGUCACCGUGCUCUAUUGAAGCUCUUGUCUUCUUUAUAUUAUUCAAAUGUUAACUUCGUUUGUGCAAUAUCUAUCUUUUAUAAGACUAGUAUUCUGACUUCACAAGUUUAUCUUUGGUUUUUCUUCUUCUUCACAGAUUGAUCACAAGGAGACAAUGGAUGAGUUGCCAGACCAUUUAGUUUGGGACAUCCUCAGGAACCUUGACCAAACCAAUGACAGAAACUCUCUUUCACUAUGUUGCAAGCGUUUCUACUCUCUAGACAACGAGCAAAGACACUCUCUCCGGAUUGGCUGCGGUUUAGUUCCUGCACCCGAUGCCUUGCUAUCUCUCUGCAGGAGAUUUCCUUAUCUGUCCAAAGUAGAGAUCGUAUACUCUGGUUGGAUGUCGAUACUAGGCAAACAACUUGACGACCGAGGCCUUCUUCUCCUCUCCACCAACUGCUAUUCCCUCUCUGAUCUCACUCUUAGCUACUGCACUUUCAUCACCGAUGUUGGCAUUCGUCAUUUGUCUUCCUGUACAAAGCUUUCUUCUUUGAAGUUGAACUUCGCUCCAAGAGUCACCGGUUGCGGCGUGUUGUCAUUAGCUGUAGGCUGCAAGAAACUCAGGAGAUUUCAUCUCAUUCGAUGCUUAAACGUGGCAAGCGUGGAGUGGUUGGAGUAUUUCGGAAAGCUUGAGGUUCUUGAAGAGCUCUGUAUCAAGAACUGCAGAGGGGUUGGGGAAGGUGAUUUAAUCAAGCUGGGAACUAGCUGGAGUAAGCUUCGAGUUCUGAGGUUUGAGGUAGAUGCAAACUACAGGAACAUGGAGGCUUAUGAUCAGUUAGCUGUGGAGAGAUGGCGGAAACAGUUGAUUCCCUGUGAGAAUCUUGUGGAGCUCAGCCUUGUGAACUGCGUCAUAGCUCCCGGUAGAGGGCUCGCUUGUGUGCUGAGAAAGUGCAAGAGCCUGGAGAAGCUUCAUCUGGACAUGUGUAUUGGUGUCAGUGAUUCGGACAUCAUAUCAUUGGUCCAGGGAGCUAAACACCUUAGGAGCAUCUCACUGCGUGUUCCAUCUGAUUUCACUCUACCUCUCUUAAACAACGUUGCCAUGAGAUUAACCGAUGAAAGCCUUAAUGCCAUAGCUCAACACUGCUCAAAGCUUGAAUCAUUCAAGGUCUCGUUCUCAGACGGUGAGUUUCCUUCCCUCUUCUCUUUCACCCUCCAGGGGAUAAUCACUCUAAUCAAGAAAUGCCCUAUUCGAGAGCUCUCUCUUGACCACGUGUGUUUUUUCAACAACGUGGGCAUGGAGUCUCUGUGUUCAGCUCAGAAUCUAGAGAUCUUGGAGCUUGUCCAAUGCCAGGAAGUGAGCGACGAGGGGUUGGUUCUAGUGAGCCAGUUUCCUUCCCUCACUGUGUUGAAACUAUCAAAGUGUUUGGGAGUCACAGAUGAUGGAUUGAGAGCACUUGCUAAUACUCGGAAGCUGGAGAAGCUUGUGGUUGAAGAUUGUCCUCAGGUUUCAAGAAGAGGUGUUAAUGGUGCUGCAACGUCUGUAUCUUUUAGGCAAGACUUGUCAUGGAUGUACUGA